AGGCUGAGGCGCCCCCGCCCCCAAAGCCCGCGGCGGCGGCGGCGGCGGCGGCGGCGGAGAAGCGGGCACUGAGCGCUGCUGCUGCUGAGGCUGCCGCCGCGGUCGCUGCGAGGGAAGCCGGAGGGGCGCGGGCGCGGGCACCCGAGCCCGGGACCGGACGGGGCGGGCGGCGCGGAGCCCCUCUCCCGCGCCGGCAGUAGCCGAGGACCGGCCGAGGACCCGGUGCGGGCGGGCCAGGACGCCGGGGCCAUGGCGCUGCGCGCCCGGGCACUGUACGACUUCAGGUCGGAGAACCCGGGCGAGAUCUCCCUGCGCGAGCACGAGGUGCUGAGCCUGUGCAGCGAGCAGGACAUCGAGGGCUGGCUGGAGGGGGUCAAUAGCCGCGGCGACCGCGGUCUCUUCCCGGCCUCCUACGUGCAGGUGAUCCGCGCCCCGGACCCCCUGAGCGCGCCCGGCGGCGACAGCCACGGCCCGGCGGCCCGCUACGCCAACGUGCCGCCGGGCGGCUUCGAGCCGCUGCCCCCGGCCGCCGCCGCCGCCGCCGCCGCGUCCUCGGCCGCGCCGCUGGGGCUGCCGCUGGCGAGCUCCUUCAAGCCGCUGCCCUCCGACCACUUCCAGCCGGUGCAGCAGCCGCCCCCCGCCGCGGCGGGCUACCCGUACGGCGCGGGCAGCGGGGCCCUGCAGCCCUCGCCGGCGCAGCCGCUCUACGGCGGCGGCUACCAGCCCAGCCACGGCAGCGACGACGACUGGGACGACGAGUGGGACGACAGCUCCACCGUGGCCGACGAGCCCGGGGCGCUGGGCAGCGGCUCCUACCCGGACUACGACGGCUCCUCCUCGGGGGGCGGCGGCGGCGGCGGCGGCGGCUGCGCCCCCGGGCGCUACCGCCUGUCCACGCGCUCCGACCUGUCCCUGGGGUCCCGGGGCGGCUCGGCCCACGCGCACCCCCAGCACCCGCCCCCGGCGUCGGGAGCCAAGAGCUCGGCCACGGUGAGCCGCAACCUGAACCGCUUCUCCACCUUCGUCAAGUCGGGGGGCGAGGCCUUCGUGCUGGGGGAGGCGUCGGGCUUCGUGAAGGACGGCGACAAGCUGUGCGUGGUGCUGGGCCCCUACGGGCCCGAGUGGCAGGAGAACCCCUACCCCUUCCAGUGCACCAUCGACGACCCCACCAAGCAGACCAAGUUCAAGGGCAUGAAGAGCUACAUCUCGUACAAGCUGGUGCCCACCCACACGCAGGUGCCCGUGCACCGGCGCUACAAGCACUUCGACUGGCUCUACGCGCGCCUGGCCGAGAAGUUCCCCGUCAUCUCGGUGCCGCACCUGCCCGAGAAGCAGGCCACGGGGCGCUUCGAGGAGGACUUCAUCUCCAAGCGCAGGAAGGGGCUCAUCUGGUGGAUGAACCACAUGGCGAGUCACCCGGUGCUGGCCCAGUGCGACGUCUUCCAGCACUUCCUCACCUGCAGCAGCAGCACCGACGAGAAGGCCUGGAAGCAGGGCAAGAGGAAGGCCGAGAAGGACGAGAUGGUGGGGGCCAACUUCUUUUUGACCCUGAGCACCCCUUCGGCCGCGGCCUUGGACCUGCAAGAAGUGGAGAGUAAAAUCGACGGCUUCAAGAGCUUCACCAAGAAGAUGGAUGACAGCGCCCUGCAGCUCAACCAUACGGCCAAUGAGUUCGCGAGGAAGCAAGUGACCGGCUUCAAGAAGGAGUAUCAGAAGGUGGGACAGUCCUUCCGAGGGCUUAGCCAAGCUUUUGAGCUGGACCAACAGGCCUUCUCCGUGGGCCUGAACCAGGCCAUUGCCUUCACCGGAGAUGCCUACGAUGCCAUCGGAGAGCUCUUUGCCGAGCAGCCCCGGCAGGACCUGGACCCGGUGAUGGAUUUGCUAGCGCUCUAUCAGGGACACCUGGCCAACUUCCCAGACAUCAUUCACGUUCAGAAAGGAGCUCUUACCAAAGUAAAGGAGAGUAAACGGCAUGUAGAAGAAGGGAAAAUGGAGGUCCAAAAGGCAGAUGGCAUUCAAGAUCGCUGUAAUACAAUUUCUUUUGCUACUUUGGCUGAAAUUCACCACUUCCAUCAAAUUCGAGUGAGAGACUUCAAAUCACAGAUGCAGCAUUUCUUACAGCAGCAAAUAAUAUUUUUCCAAAAAGUGACACAAAAGUUGGAAGAAGCUCUUCACAAGUAUGAUAGUGUUUAAUAUCUGAACUUUGAAUUCUAACUUCCCUCAGUUUGAGGGUGAUUUAAACAGAGUAAAAAUAACUGCUGUCAAAGAACUCUUUGCCAACUGUCAGUGGUGGUACAAGGAUGGUUUUGUGUUCAACUGGAACCCAGCUGAAUAUAUAAUUAUGUAGGAAAGAAACAGUUAAUAUGGUUAUGUAAUAGAAACAGUACCACACAUUGUAGCUAAAUUAUACUAUGUAUGCCUACACUACCAUUGUAACUUUUGGAAUAAUGAUUAUACUAUUUGCCUUAUUGCUUUUUGAAGUAUGGGUAUUUUAGUGCAUACUUUGUAGACCUCAAAACCCAUUAAGGGUCUCAAAGAAGCUGGCUAGUUAAAAGCCUACUUUGGAUGCCUUUUUAUUCUUGUAGAUUUGGAUUAUCUAAAUUCAACCAAUUCUCUGUUUACAAACUCCUCCUAGAGCAGCUAUGCGACUUUGUGCCUUUAGACUCUUGGUUUUUCUUCUCUCCACCACCACCCCCUUUUUUUUUUUUUUUUUUUUUUUUUUUUUUAGUAAACCACAUUUUUUUGAAAUUGAAAGAAUGAAGGGUCAGUGCAUAUAAAUGACAGACUGAUAAUCUCAUUGACUGGAAAAGUUAUCAGCUGUCAUCAUUUUGCACAGCAAGUAUUAUCUCCUGAGAAAAUGCUGUCUGAAAAUACAGGAUCUGGAACCAAUGCUCGUCUCUGGAUGUGAAGACUAUUUAUUAUGUAUACCAGGAAGCAAGAACAUUGUGCCACUGCAGUCUCGUACAUGACAUGGUAGCAUAUGAGCCUCUUCACUAAAUUAUAACUCAAAAUUAUGAGUGAAGAAGAAAAUUCAAUUCAGGGGAUACAAAAAUAGAUUCGGUGACCACUCGGUUUUUUUUUUUUUUUUUCUUUUUUGAGUUUAAAAAGUAUUUUUCUCAUUGUUUGGAUAGUCACUGAUUUUGAAAUGGAGCUACACUGUUAAAUAAUUGACCCGAGACUCCACUGUGAUUCACUGGCUUACUCAAUCAAAAACUUUCAGGGAUGUCUAUAAAGUAUUGUACUAAAUAAUUUAAAAAGUAGCUUUGGUUGAUUUAGGAGGGACCAGACAUGAUUUCUACUAUUCCAGAUACGGAAGAGAUACAAAUUUAUUUCUACUGCAUGUAAAAGAAUCACUAUUAUUAUAAGGUGUUUCUCCCCCCACCCCCCAAAAAAAUUUUGUUUUAAAUCUUUUAACUUUUUUCUUUUGUUAUUAUUACAAGGGAAAUUUAUAUGAGUUUUAAAUACCAAAAAAGAUUUAAAAGCAGCUUGAUUUUCAAAAGCACAAAAAAAAAAAAAAGAGUCUGGCUUAAGCAAAAGUGCUAAAACAUUCAUGGUGAUACAGUUGAUGAGUGGGAAUGACAUGAUUCUUAUUAAGUUUACAAAUAUACGAUGUUGGUGAAAGAUCAAGUAUCUGCUAUUUUGUGAAGUCAAACAAAGGUAUCAAAAACCCUCUGGUACUGUAUUGCUAAUAUUUUGUUAAAAGAAAGAAAGAAAAGCCAGUUUGAUUUUCUAGCUCAUUGAGUGAGAAGGAAUAUCAGAAAGUCUUGGCAGUCUAAAUAGAGGUUGUUUUAUGAAAUAAAUUUUAUCAUUUCAUUAAGAAGUCUCUGAAAAGUAGACUAUGUGGGUUGAAUUCUAAGAUCAAAUAAUCAGUUAUUUUGACCUUUGGUUUGAAUUUCAUGCCAUAGGUUGCUUAGAGCCAGACUUAUAAAUUAUAUAUGGCUAUGUUUUACCGUGGAAUUGUAACCAAAUUCAUUGUUUUCCAAAUAAGUAAUAUGAUCUUAUUGAUUGUAAAAUAACAUUGUUGAACUGAAACAGUUCAGUUUAUAAAUUCCCAGUUCAUUUUAGCUUGGGAAUUACAACAUUUAUUUUUAAGUCUAGCUCUAUACUGGAUAAAUAAGCAAUAUAUGUUCAAUGUGUUUUCCAAGUGGUUUGAAAAUGACAUUUGCCUCCUUAUUGUGAUGAUGCCUUGGGAUAAAAAAAAAAAAAUUAGAAAACAAAAUUUGUGGGUCAGCAGCAUUAUCUGAAUCUUAUGACUGUGUUUUGGCCAGUGUAGACUUAAUUUAAAUACAAAAACCCUGAAAACUAGGGUGUACCAGGGUCAUGAAUGUGUAGAUCCUGAACUGAAGUGUGCAUUGAGCUACACAAGAAAGUAUAAGUUCACACUGCCUUGUUACAAGAAAGCUUUUGUUUUUUAACAAGCACAUUAUGUUAUACCAGUGGCUCAUAUGAAAUUAAACUUAUUUAGUAUUGUGGCAUUAGAAGACCAGAAUUAUUAUUCUUCAUUUCCAUUUGAAAAGAGAAGAUUUUCAUUUCUCUAACGAUCUUGGGCCUAUUAAACCAUUUCGGCAUGCAAAUAUUACUGGAAUGGUAAUGCCUAAGAGAAAAGCCAUGACAUGUAUGCUGGUCACCGUAAUCAGAAUGGUACAAUUCCCUCCAAUAAACUCUCAUGCCCUUCA